AUGCUGAUCUCAAACCAAUCUUUCAAUAUCAGGCUCUUCAUGAGGACACUAACUUGGCUGCCAUCCACGCUAAACGUGUCAUCAUCCAGCCCAAGGACAUACAACUCGCUUGUCGUCUUUGUGGUGAGCGAUUGUGAGGAUGAAAACAUGAACACACGUUGCUUUUUGUCCUGUCACACUUCAUCUUGUCUUGGCUGA